AUGGCCAGGAACGCGUGGGGUACGCUUGGUCGGGAUCAGCGCGGGACCGGCAGUAACGGCCUUGGGGAACCCGGUGCUGCACGUCACCGUAAGAGUAAGCGGGACACUAUUCAGGGCAUCACAGAUGCCUCCAUUCGUCGUCUUGCUCGCCGUAGUGGUGUCAAGCGUAUUUCUGCUACAAUCUAUGACGAGACCCGCGGUGUUGUCAAGACCUUCCUCGAGAGUGUGAUCCGUGACGCCGUCGUCUACACCGAGCAUGCACAACGCAAGACCGUCACUUCAAUUGAUGUUGUCCACGCCCUCAAGCGGCAGGGCCGUGUCCUCUAUGGUUCCGGUAGCUAG